AUGACGACUACUGGAAAAUGCUUCGUUCUAAAACACGUCUUCAAGAAUGUCUCAAAUAUGAAAGAAGAUGAAAAUCAGUAUUCCGAAGCGGAAGAAUAUUAUGGUGUUGAAUGGAGAAUGAGUGUCGGUCGAAUAAAAGAACAUUUACAGUUCUAUCUGAAAUGCGUUAAACCGGUGGAAGUUGGAAAAUGGACAAUUGAAGCUCAGAGGGAACAAGUAUUGCUUUCGAAAAGCACAGAGAGUCGAUUUAAAGAAGGUAGGGCAACAUUUGGCACUACCGACACAUUCCAUAGCAUUUGGGGAUACCGAGCAUUUAUUGGAUGGGCGGAAUUGGAAAAAGACUUUAUUGAGGAUGACCAACUGAAAGCUGAAAUUCAUGUGAAAAUCAAGAAAACAAUUGGUAUUUACAAAGAUAAUAUGAGAGAUUUCGACGAGACAAUGGAAGAAUUCUCAGAUGUUGUACUGGCUGCGAACGAUGAGAAAUUUUACGUUUCAAAAUUGUAUUUGGCUGCUCACUCUUCAUAUAAGACAGGCCAAAUUUGA